CACUACUACCACUACUUCUAAUCAUUAAGACACAACGAAAUGAGUAGCGCAUGCGCACUGUUUUCAAUUUGCCAUGUGAAUUACUAGCGUGGUUUGAGGCCCAUUUUCUACGCGAACAUGAGUUAUUGUCGAAAAGAAGGGAAAGAUCAAAUAAUUUUUGUUACAAAAGAAGAUUAUGAGAAACCCAGCACAGCACUUGUAGCAUCAGCUACUGAUGAAGAUGAAGAACCAGGAUUGAUUCUUAAAGAUGGAAGCAUCAACUGGAAUUGUCCCUGUCUUGGUGGUAUGGCUUCAGGUCCUUGUGGUGUACAAUUCCGAGAAGCAUUUUCCUGUUUCCACUAUAGUGAAUUGCAACCAAAAGGUUCUGAGUGCUAUGAUGCCUUCAAAACAAUGCAAGAAUGUAUGAGCGAAUACCCUGAUCUUUAUCCAAGUAAAGAUGAGGAGGAAGUACCAGAAAGUGACUCUAAAAAAUUAGAAAAUGUUGAAAAUAAGGAUGAGCCUCAGACUGAUGUGACUUCAACACCAUUGCCACCAACUGCAGAAGUAUCUUGACCUAUCAAUUUAGCUAGCAAAAUCAUUUAUUAUUAUUUAAUAGCAUUUAGGUUUGUUGAUUGUUUCCAGGAUUAUCAGAUUUGAACUGCUAAUGUCCUAAUGGAAUCAAAUGUAAACAUUUGAUUUGUUCUGAGUUUGUUACCUUUGGCAUCACUACCUAUACUACUUUUGGUUUAUUGAACCAAGUCAUUGCUCUGAAAAAUCAGGUUGCUUAUAGAUAAAUUUAUUUUCAGGAUGGUAAUAUUUUUAUUCAGAAAUUCAUUAAUUAGCUUUAUGAUAUGUAUCUUUUUUUUUUUUUUUUUAAAUUUAGAGUAAACUUUUCUAAAUAAUUUUUUCAUCUAAUAUUUUUAUAUGUUUUAGUUUUUUUUAAUUAUCAGUUUAUUUCAAUAGGUUUAUGGUGCUUAAAGUUUAAUUUUCAUUUACUUUUCAUUUGUGUGGUUCACUGAGAGGAAGAUUAUAUCCAUUUGAAACUUUUCUAAUUGUUACUGAAUCAGGAAUCAAUUAAAAUGUCAGCAAUAUAUUUAUAAGACUCUUUGGAAAAUACCUCCAACAGAUUUUCUUUGAAUGAACAAAUUCAACUGCUGUUUUUGUAUGUGAAAUGUUUAUUUUAUGCUCUGUUUUUUUUUCUCUUGUUAGUGGUGCAGGAGUGGCAUCACAGAUGAUUUUUGUAGGCUCUUACAGACUCAUACUAUUGCUGUGGUUGAUGUCAGCAUGACAUUCUGUAGGAUGAUGCUUGUAAAAAAGUUAAAAAAAAAAAAAAAUUAUUAGGAAGGAUUCCAGAAAGCUAUAUUUCUGGUGAAGAAAUAUUCAGUGAAAUGUAUAGUUUAGAGAGUGAAACCUAUCAGCAAUGAUAGGGAGAAAGGCAGUUUACAUUGGACAGGCUUGGGUGUAGCAGUAUGCAGUUUACUAAUCCAGAGGUGCUGAAGCUGUAGUAGUAUUAAUGGUAAAAGAGGCAGAAAGAUGAUACAGCACAUGGCGGAAACACGUUCCAUGAUUCAUCUGAAUGUGGUUUAAGAUGCUUGGCUGUGUAUCAGAAGUGCUCUCUCAGACAUGUGAGCAAAUAUUUCUUGUUUUGCAAUAUUAGUUAUUAUAAUUGAAAUAAUUUUUGCAUAAUUUACAAACCCCAAAAAUGCAAUAGUGUUUUAGGCAUUUCUACAUGAAUCUAAUCAUAACUGUCAUCAAAACAAAAUGAUAGAAGUUUAGAAUAUAUAAUUU